GGCAUGUUUCAUCCCGUCCCUCCUGCUGCUGCUGCUGCCCUUCGGAAGCCGUGUUUAUAAGCCCGCCCUCAUCCCAUCCCAAUUCUGCGUGAACAUCCCCACGAUUUCUAGCAUUUCCGCGCCCCCCUCCCCCCAACCAUGGCCGAAAACCACCAGCGAUCGUACCCGCCCCGGGCCAGCAGUCCCGACCUCUUCCUCCUGCCGUCACCACACUCCCACCGGGGAAGCCGCACAACGCUCACACCCUCCGCGCUGCUCCUGCGGUUGACACACCUGCAGAGCACCCUGCAACAGCGCCGCAAGACCCUCGCGGCCCUAUUCCUCCUCACCUUCAGCGUGCACACGCUGCUCUGGCCACCUCUGUCCCCCUCAGAGCCACACAUCCCCGCCGCCCUAUUGCUCUGGACGUUAUUCCUCCUGCCCACCUCCACGCCCUGGGUGUUAUCCCGCCUCCUCGCGCCAGCAUGGAUCUCGCUGUUAUUCCGUCUUCUCGCGGGUGUCCUCCCCGCGCUCGUCGCGCCCGUCUACGCCCUCUGGGCGCUAUCGGUAUACGGGUGGGCGACGCACGCCGGCGUCCGCGGGUACGCGGACGGCACGUGGGCAGUGAGCGAGGAGGCAGCGCGGAUACGGCAGGUACUGGCGGACGUGGAGGGCUCUGUUGGCGACUUUGCGACGCGGGUGUUGAGCCGCGUGUUGUGUGCUGAUGUGCGCGGGGGACGGGUCGUGGAGGGGACAAGCCGCCGAGAGGGCACCAGCUGGACAAAUGCUAGGUUGAUGGUUUUUCGCCCGCCCGCGGGGGAUAGGAAGGCGGUCUGGGCCGAGUUUGAGGGCUUCGUGGCUGCCGCAAAGAGUGAGAUUGCGAGUUUGAGUGCGGAGGUCGAGGGCUUGCUCGGUGUGAAAAGGAUGGGCGCGGAGGAGAUGGUGUAUAGGGAGCGGGUGAGGGUCUAUGUGGAGACCACGCUGGGUGUGUGGGAGGGGCUGUAUGCCGAGUUGAUGCAUCCGCACGGGAAGGAUGAGGCCGCGCGGCCAGAGGUUGGGGAGAGGUUGCCGAGGAGAGUUGCGAACGCCGUCAGGUGGUUUGAGGCCGUGGAGGAGAAGGGGAUUGAGGUUGUGGUUGUUGAUGAGGAGACCUGA